AUGAGUUCCAGCACAGGUCCUGUUGAAUGCUCCAAAUUAAUGCUCUAUACUGCAAUGAAUGAGAUACCUUUAAAAGGUGAGGUUUAAAGCUCUAAUUUUGCAAACAAAAUUAUUUACGAUCAGUUAAUUCGAGCUUUAUAGUAAUUAUUAGUUAAAGCUAGAUACAGGUUUUUCUACAGUAGCUACCACAGAGGAAAAAGUAUGAGUUAAAAAUCUUACACAUAGAAAACUGCGCCUGUAAUUAACAACGGUGCCAAAGGACCAAUAAUUGAAGGGAUUAAAAAGGCCCACAGAGAAAAGUGUACCUUUCGUAGCUUUCUUUAAUAAAAAGUAUUAUUAAAUAACCCGUGAAAAAUUUACCUCAUGUUGAUGUUAUAUUUCAGGUUCUGCCGUUGCUGUUGCUGGAGCCCUACCAUUGACUCUACCCAUUGCUGCAGGUAGUUUUAUAAGUGUUAAGUUAGUGUUUCUUUAUAAUUUCAUUAAACUGCAACAUAUUUAACAAAUAGAUUCCAUGUUGUCGUGCGUCUGUUCAGUUAUAGAUCACAGAUGACGUCAAAAUAUAGCAAAAUGGUAAAGAAGUGGCACACUAGCCGCAGGCGAAUGUGUUACUGAUGUUUUUACCAAAUUUUGACGUCUUCUGUGAUCUAUUACUUAACAGCCCCACGGAAACAUGGAAUCUAUUGGUUUUAUACAAUUAUCAGAAAAGUAAAAAGACCGAUACACAUUACCUGAAUCGUACCGCUUGAUUGUUCGAGGAUUUCUGCUAGUUUAGGCAUAUUUUAAGUCCCAAACGCUAUUUCUCGUUUCCUGCUUCUUAUUUUUUUGUUACUCUUAUUUGUAUACGGUUUGUGCGACAAAUUGUCCAACGUCUUCACUUGCUUAAAGAGAAAUAAAGGCGAAAACAUUUUGCAAAACAGCGAGUCUCUCGUAACGAUGACACACGAUGGCAACUGUUGUGAAGUUUUCUUGUAGUUUAGGUAUUCUCAAGUUGUCAUGAACUCUUUUUGGCUCCAUUUCUCCAGGUUUCGUCCUAGUAAAUAGCUCCUGCUAAACUUUUUACCAGGCUUUCACUUGCUUAUUGAAAAAUCGAAAUAAUCUCACAAAAAUUUUAAAAACCGCGCUCCAUGUUGAACAAAACAAAGAAAACAAGUUUACCGUGACGUCAUCCAUGUAUCUGAACGUUCAAGAGAGAAUGAUCUCUUGGUAUACUCUGAUAGAUCAUGGUUAACGACCAAUCACAAAGCGCGUAACAUUCACAUCGUUGUAUAAACGUACAUAGAUACAUAUGUACGUGCACACCAAUGCCAGCAAAUCUUUGAAAAAAAAAACAAAAAACAAAAAAAACAAACAAAAACAAACAAAAACAAAAAACAAAACAAAACAACAACAAAAAAACAGUAGUUUCUCUAGCAACCUUUGUGGCAUUACAGGUGUGGUAUGGAAUCCCUAAUGAAAGGGUUCCCAAGUCUCCACUAAAUAGUGGGUAAGGUGGGGAGGGAGGGUGUGUGUAAAUGAGAGUGUUGUAGGCAUUAAAACAAAUAAAAUUGGUUAAAAGUUAAAUAGUUAGAAAAAGCACCAAUAUUGAGCGACCAACAACUGCAAUGCAGCCACGUCCAACACAAAUAUACAGUGCAAAGUAAAAUGUUAAAAGUUAAAAACACCGAUAUUGAGCGACCAACAAACCAUGAGACAAAUUGUUUUUCAAACAGUCGACCAUCUCAUAUGAAUGAGUGUCUGGGGUGUAUAUUAACUAUAAGUUUGCUGAAGUUUUCCUCUUAUUUGCUAUAAAAAAGCUAAUAUUUCUUGAUCUUAUUAUAACUUUCUUAACAGGUUUGACCGUAGGAACAGGUGUAGCUGGCCCAGUGAUUAAUCGUGUCAUACCGUUUACUGAUCCUUGUAAGUGGGUAAAGUACUUUUGGCCUGCAAGCCAAGAAGAGAUUACAGCUGUUCAGGAGUUUGUCCGUACUAAAGCCUGCAUUUUACAACAGGUAAGACGGGUGGUUUAAUUACAGACAAGCCCGGUCAAGCGUAGCGCCCAAGAUUCCAUUAAUGAAUUUAUGAAUCAAAAGUUAAAUCUGUUGGUAGUUGUAGAUUUCAGAUUCAUCUGUGCAUUCUUACAAGCGUAAUGAACCGUGAAUGGUCGUGAAUUCACACGCGAGGCAAUUAAUUCAAUAUCUACCAGAAUUUGAUGUAAAGGUCUUCGAAGCAGUUGUUAUAACCAUUCAAAGAUUUUCAAUCUCACCAUAUACAGAGAUAUUCUCAUAAAAAAAAAAUUCGCAUGCAGGAAUGCCGAUUUGAAUUUGACACUUGUUACAGGAACGACCACUGGAUUCUUUUUUGAAAUAAUCAAUUCAUUAAUGGUAUCUUGAGGGGUACGCUUGACCUGCCUUGACUGUAACUAACAAUCAGAAAUGUCAAUGAUAAUGAUGAUGAUUUUGUUGUUGACUAUACUGAUGAUGAUGAUGAUGAUGAUGAUGAUGAUGAUGAUACUCCUGCUGGCUGGCUGGUUCAAAGAGUCAGUACGUGUGCACAUACAGCUAUUUCGAGAAAGGUUGCCGGAAAAAGUGCUCGAGACUAUCUCGAAAGGUAA